AUGACCAGUCUGACCAAUGUGUUCACUACGGUAGCCGCAUUGCGGGCCAUUGAUGAGGGCAAAUUAAGCUUGCACAAGAACGUUGCGUCCUACCUUCCCGAGUUCGCUGCGAAUGGGAAGAGCAACAUCACUGUCUUGGUGCUAUUGACCCAUACAUGUGGCUUUGGUCCAGACCCUCUGCCCGGGCUGUAUGAAGCACUUUACAAGACCAUGCAGCAACGCGUCCAUCUGAACUUCAUGAACCUGCGCUUCUUGUUGGAGAAGGUCACCAAGACACCAUUUGAGGAGUCUGUCCAUUCAUUUACCCGCGAUCUCGGCAUGGCAAGCACCUUUUUCAACAAGGGAAACAACCAGUCCCCCUCAUUCUAUCAUUACACGCGCAUGGCGCCGACAGAGUAUCAGAUCGAUGUUAUGGGAGAAGCUGAGCUCAAACCUCCCCAGCCAGUACGAGGAACCGUGCACGACGAAAAUGCCUGGGUCGGAACUGGGCGAGUAACAAUAUUGUUCGGGAGGCGAUAUGCUAUUGAGUUGCCCACUCGCUUGGCCGCGAUGUUUCCUUUCCAUGAUGCUUUGGUUGGGAGAUAUUUUGUUUGA